AAUUGUUUGGACAGUAAUGACCUAAAUCACAUGGAAGGCGCAAUGGAUGCCUUGUCCAAGAUUUGUGAGGAUAUCCCCCAAGUACUAGAUUUGGAUGUGCCAGGGCUAGCUGAACGUCCCAUCAAUAUUUUCCUUCCUCGAUUGUUGCAGCUUUUCCAGUCACCACAUGCCUCUCUAAGAAAGCUUUCCUUGGGUUCUGUAAAUCAAUAUAUUAUGCCGAUGCCUGGUGCUUUAUAUGUUUCCAUGGAUGAGUACCUUCAAGGUUUGUUUGUUCUGGCAAAUGAUCCUGCUCCAGAAGUCCGGAAAUUGGUCUGUGCAGCAUUUGUGCAGCUAAUUGAAGUUCGUCCAUCUUUCCUGGAGGUGGGUUCUUUUGUUUGUUAAAUUCAUUAAUAUUAA